CCUACUGUCAACCGAUCCCUAAAUGUGUUUCUGAAAAGCAAUCAUAAUUUCUGUCAUAUUUUGCGUCGCCGGUGGAUGUUUGUUUCGCACUCCUAAGUGAAGGACUAGCCCACAGACCAAAGUCCAGUUAAUAUGUUAUCGUUAGAACCUGCCCAUGCGCUCAUCUCCCCCGGCAACAGGUGCACGAGAGCACUUUGAAAGGCGUGAGCCCUAGACGUUGGGACUCGGAAGAGGACGCACCGGCCCUUGAUUUACACUGAGACAAAAUGGACAAAAACGGAGAAAAUGUUUAUGAGGAGGUUGCUGAAGAAAACAAGUAUGAAACACCGGACUCACCAACAGAGCCAAAAUAUGAGAACCAAGGUGCGAUUUAUGAGAACCCAGCUGAGGUGAAAGAGGCGAUUUACAGCGAGGUUGAAGUUCAUGCAUCAGAAAAAGCUGAGCGUACCUCACCGGACUACAUGGACAUACGCGACACUCCCAACGAGGAGCACCAAAGUGCAAAGGAAGAAGACAGCAGCAGCUCCUCUAGCGAAGAUGAGGAGGAAAAGACCGAGGCCCAACCGAAGGUAUCCCUAGCUCAAGAAGAAGCUGUUCCCAUGGCAGUUAAUGGAGACGCAGCAACAUCUAGACGCUCCUCCACGUCUUCUUCCGAACACAACGGAGACCCAUGCGAGGACUCACCCCAUUCCUCACCGCAUUACGAGGACAAUGUUGAAGAUGGCCUGCUCAUGGCCUACUCGAGGCCAGAGGAUUCAUCUCCGGAACCAGAGGAAAUUGUUGACUACAGCCUCAAACCAGUAGAAAACAAUGCAGUCGAGGAGACCAAAGUCGCUGAUCCAACGCAGCCAGAAAUCUCGCUUUUUGUGAAGGCUGGCAUUGAUGGGGAGAGCAUCGGGAACUGCCCCUUCUCCCAGCGCCUCUUCAUGAUCCUGUGGCUGAAGGGCGUGGUCUUCAACGUCACCACAGUCGACCUGAAGAGGAAGCCAGCUGACCUGCACAACCUGGCCCCGGGCACACACCCUCCCUUCCUCACCUACAACGGCGAGGUGAAGACCGACAUCAACAAGAUCGAGGAGUUCCUGGAGGAGGUGCUGGCGCCACCCAAGUAUCCUAAGCUGGCUGCUAAGAAUAGAGAGUCCAACACUGCUGGCAUCAACAUCUUUGCAAAGUUCUCUGCCUACAUCAAGAACACGCAGCCACAAGCCAAUGUUGGUCUUGAGAAGAACCUGACUACGGCCUUGAAGAAGCUAGAUGAUUACCUGAACGGCUCUCUGCCAGACGAGAUUGACGCCGACAGCAUGGAAGAGGAGAAAGGCUCCACCCGCAAGUUCCUGGAUGGCAGCGAGCUGACCCUGGCAGACUGCAACCUGCUGCCCAAAUUGCACAUAGUCAAGGUGGUGGCCAAGAAGUACCGCAACUUUGACAUCCCCACGGACAUGGAGGGCGUGUGGCGCUACCUGAACAGUGCCUACAACCGGGACGAGUUUACCAACACCUGCCCCGCCGACAAGGAGAUCGAGACGGCAUAUCAGGACGUAGCCAAGAGGCUGGUCAAGUAACCCCCCAUCCCCCCCCCCCCCCCCCCCCCCCGGACCCCCACUCAAUUCGCAUUCACCUCCCAGCCUCUAUGCCACCCCACCUCCCCUUCAAGGUUGCUGGGCCCAAGACCUUGAAGAAAAACAUGUCUGCCAUCAAUGAUUGACUGUUGUAACAAUCCCAGGAUUUGUUUUAGGGCAAGUGCUCCAUUGUGCAGAUGUGAAUGAUUGACAUGGUAUGGUCUACACUUACUGGGUGUGUGAAGUCUUACUCUGCAGUGAAUCAGUUUGAACAAACUUAUUUUUAAACCGUAUGAAAAAAAAGGCAAAAAAGCCCAGUCAUCCCUCUCUCCUCUCUCUCUCAUUCUCUGCACUCCAUCCUUCUCUGGAGUUGUAAUGGCAUGACAAAACAAGCUUUUGCACGGCCAAAGCAAAACAAACUUUAAAUAAGGUUUGGAGUCUCUCUCUCUCUCUCUCUCUCUCUUUCUCUCUCUGUCUCUCUCUCUCUCUCUCUCUCUCUCUCUCUCUCGAUCCACCUCUCUCUCUCAACCUGUCCCUCUUUCACCUUACCCGUUUCCUUUGUGAACACAGCCAAAAUGCUUUUCUUCUUCAGGGGUGUUGAGCUGAUGAAUAACUUCUUGUUCUUUAUCAGUCUUUGAAAACUGGAUUUGAAGUAGCUGUACCAGUGAUUAUGCAACGGCUCUAUACACCGUCUGCUCUUAGUGUAGUUCUCCUGUUUGAGGUUGACUUGAUUUACGCUGAUUUUGAACUGGUCAGUCUUUUUGAAAGUGGAUAGGAAAAUUGAAGUAUAUUUUUAAAGAGGUAUAUUUAAGAAAACAAGUGUUAUUAUGCAGUGUGUUUAGAGGAUGAAGAAAAAAGAACAAAUGUUUUAAGAGGAACGCCUGAAUUUCUUUUCUCUGUCGGAAGACUAGAACAAAGUCUGUUUUCAUCGUCUCUCCUGGGCCCUCUGCAGAAACAAGCCUGUCAUUUAUUUCGGGUUUUAUUUUUCUUUCUUUUUGAAAAUGCUGAACAUAUUUCAGCUUAUAUUUCAGUAAAAUAGACACAAUGUAUCUCUUGACCUAAUCAGAGAGUUUAGAAUCAAGAAAUGUGCCUUUAUUGGAUACCUACCAGCCAAAAUCAUUCUCCUAAUGACUGACUGAUUUUUCUUUCCUGUAAUUUUUUCCUGUAAACUAUUGUUUGUACACUUUAUUUAAUCCAUCUGCUAUUUGGUCUGUCCAGAAACAAUAAAACUACCAGGAGCUCA